CCGAACACAGGAGCCAAGGGCGACGAUGAUCCGAUUGAUGUCAUCGAAGUAGGAUCUAGGAUAGCACGACGAGGAGAAAUCAUACAGAUAAAAAUAAUCGGUAUCCUGGGAAUGAUCGACGACGACAUUAAAGAUUUGGAAAAGGUCAAGCCUGGAUAUCUCUGCGCAACUUUGGAGUGGUUACGUGGCUACAAAAUUCCUGCCGGAGGACAACCCAACGAAUUCGCCUUCAACGGAGACGCGAUGGACAAAGAUUUCGCCUUUCGAAUCAUUGAAGAAACGCACGAGGAGUGGAAGCAGCUCAUGGAAGGAAAAAUUGAUCGCGGAAAAAUCAACUUAACAUGUACGUUGACGAAUGCGGGAGGAGUGAAACUCGGGCAAGAUGAAGCCGUUUCCAUACUGGGGGAUCUUGGACCAGUGGAGGAGCCUUUACCAGUUCCCAACGAAGGUUUCACCAACCUGUUCUCU